AAUAGAAUAUUGCCCGCCAUACGCUAAUCAGCCGAUUUGUCCGUGUAGAGGCUGUUCCACGGCAUUUUAAUCGUAUUUUUCGCCCUUCUCCAAGGCUGACAUGGCUUCCUCGGCUGAAAAAGUAAAGGCGAAAACCAUCAUACGAGAGCUAAUAUGCAAAGGCAUAAAAAUUUUGGCCUUUGAUUUUGAUAAUACGAUCGUCCGUGUACACACCGGUGGAGAAUGGAAGUCUAGUUUAGAAAAGUUAGAAGCGCAAAUUCGACCCUGUAUGAAAGAGUUAUUAUCAGCAGCCCUCGAAUCCUCCUUACACGUCUGCAUUGUGACAUUUAGUGAGCAAUUCAAACUUAUAGAAGAUUUAAUGGCGUCUGCUUUUACCAAAUAUAAUUACAAAAAAAUACUUUUACGUUGUAACACAAAACAUUGGCCAAGGGGUGAAGAGGGACAUGGACCUUUACCACAAAUAGCUAUGAUGACUCUAGGAAAGGAACAACAUUUAUCUUGGGUAGUUACUCAACUUUAUCAAACCCAUGGCGAACUAAUAAAACCCCAAGAAAUUUUACUGUUAGACGACGACGAACGAAACUGCAGAAUCGCUAGAGAAUUUAAUCACAAUUCGUUUGUUGUUACCGAUUCGAUUAAUUUAAAGGAGUUUGCUGACUAUGCUAAACAAUUAGACGUGGAUUUAGCUCCACCUGUUACAGUUUCAUCUUGAUAAUUUUUUUGUUGUGUCUGGUUUUGUGAGCUUAGUUUUCUUUCUCUUUUUUUAUGUUUAAAAGAAAAAAAAGAAACGGUGCUUACUUGACUAAAAGAGAAAAAAAAACUUGACUUUGGAUCUGCACCAAAAAUUAAGUAUGUUAUAAGAUAAAAAGAAAAAAAGCAUCACAUUUUGAAAAAAAAUCCAGCAUUUUUUGUUUGAAAAGAGAAACAAAUAUAUUUUUGUUACUGUAAAUAAAAAAAAAUUUCCUUUUUUCUAUUAUUGAACUUAUGUAAUGAUUCGAAAUUAGUAUUUAAUAUUGUUAUAUAUAUACUGUAUAGUAUAUAUAGAGCGAGAUAGUAAAGAAAGAGAAAGAGUACUUGCCAUAUAAUUAUGAUCUUCGAAAAUUUUAUAUUAGUAAAUGAAAUACAAAAUAUCUAGAAUAUUACCAUUUUUAUAACAA